AUGUCUGCCAUCGAAACGAGUGCUCCGAUGGACAUAUCGGAGCCUAAUCCCACCGUAUGUAAUGUUCCCGAGCAAGACGCCGGCGUUUUCGAGCCACCGGAUGUGUGCCCUGCUCCACCGCCGCCGCCGCCGCCGCCUCUAUCUCUUUCUCCGCCUUCUCCUUUCCUCAAUGAAGAUAAAGUUACCGUUUCAGGUGGGUGCGUAAACUUGUGCUUAUUUGAAGUUUUGCUAAAACCGUCAAGCACGGCGAAGUAUGAUGAUGUCAGGUUGGCAGUUGAAAGAAUGCUGGAAAAGAGAAGCAUGAGCUAUGUAGAUGGUUCGAUCUCUCUACCACCGGAUAAUACUUUUCUGGUGGAUAAUGUAGAACGCAUAUGCAUAUGUGAUUCAGAUGUGUGGGUGGAAAACCAUGACAUUCUUUUAUUCUGGCAAGUCAAACCUGUUGUGCAUGUUUUCCAGCUCAGUGAGGAAGGGCCAUGUGAGGAUAUAAGCAAUGAUGGUCAACUUGCUAGCUUCAAUGAAUGGAUUCUUCCUGCAAAAGAAUUUGAUGGCAUGUGGGAAAGGCAUGGUUUGCCUGUUCUCUGCAGCUUAAUUUAUGAUUCAGGUCUCAAACAAAGGUUACUUCGUUAUGCAGCGAGUGCGUUGCUUUUCACUGAGAAGGGUGUUAAUCCUUUCCUUGUUUCAUGGAAUCGCAUUAUUCUUCUUCAUGGACCUCCCGGCACAGGCAAGACCUCUUUAUGCAAAGCGUUGGCACAAAAGCUCUCAAUACGCUUUAGCUCAAGAUACCCACAGUGCCAGUUGAUUGAGGUUAAUGCACAUUCCCUCUUCAGCAAAUGGUUUUCUGAAAGUGGGAAACUGGUUGCAAAACUUUUCUCUAAGAUACAAGAAAUGGUAGAGGAUGAAAACAAUCUGGUAUUUGUCUUGAUCGAUGAAGUUGAAAGCCUUGCUGCUGCCAGGAAAGCUGCAUUAUCUGGGUCCGAGCCUUCAGAUUCUAUAAGGGUUGUCAAUGCUCUUCUGACCCAGAUGGACAAGUUGAAGUCCUCACCUAAUGUAAUAAUCCUAACUACAUCAAAUAUAACGGCUGCUAUUGAUAUUGCAUUUGUGGAUCGAGCUGACAUAAAGGCAUAUGUUGGCCCUCCAACUCUCCAUGCACGAUAUGAAAUUCUGAGAUCUUGUUUGGAAGAGCUUUUAAGGACAGGAAUACUAUCAAAUACCGAGUUUCAGGCUGGUCACCUCCUGCCAAGUUUUAUUAGUCUGAGAGAGCAACUGAAUACGGACGUGGUACCUGAGGCUGCGGUCCCAUUUAGCAUCUGCAAACAAUUGCUUGAAGCUGCUGAAGCAUGUGAGGGAUUGAGUGGACGAUCGCUCAGGAAGCUUCCAUUUUUGACACAUGCAGCACUUGCAAAUCCCCUUGGCUGUCAACCUGCAAAAUUCUUGCUUAAGAUGACCGAGACAGCUAAAAGAGAGUGUUCUCAGAUCCUUGAUUGAAUAACAGCCACACGAUCACAUGAUCCUAAGUCCAUUUUCCAGAGUCCAAUUCUGUUAGUCGUGGUGCAAAAAUUGAAACUGUUCAAGAAUUGUAGAAUUUGAGGAUGCUUCACCAGGCUGUUCUAUGCAACAACAAUUUGUAGCUCAAUAGUAAAAUCGAUCAGCAAUAUGUGAUGAUAGUCAAAGUAUAUGUAGGAGAGAUUUGCUCGAUGUUGUUCUCUAUUGCUUUCAUUGAAUGGCUGAAAUAUGCAUAAUUGGCCACAGGUUAUCAUGGAUUCAUGUAUGUAGUUUUAGUUAGAGACAAACAAAGUACUUAACAGGGAUCAAUGUGUUAACCUUUGAAUUUUUAUGGAGGAAUAUUCAACUUUUGGCUGAUUGUAUAAAAAAAUUGUUGUUCAAUUAAAGAUUCUGAAUGAUGGAUGUCUAAUAUACCAAACAUUCUUUUUUUGGGGUACAAUUUUGUGAAAUGCAUACUAAUAUCAAUGAGACAUUUGAAAUGCAGAUUUAUAACUUUUUUUUUUUCCUUUGUCUGUUUAUUUAAAAUUACAUAAAA